AUGGCUUUAAAACGAAUCAACAAGGAGUUAAACGAUCUUGGGAAUGAUCCCCCAUCCUCCUGCUCCGCAGGCCCUAAUGGUGAUAAUAUGUUUCAAUGGCAAGCAACUAUCAUGGGUCCAAAUGAUAGUCCAUACGCUGGUGGCGUUUUUUUUCUAACAAUCAACUUUCCCACAGAUUAUCCUUUUAAGCCUCCUAAGGUUGCUUUCACAACUAAGAUAUACCAUCCCAAUAUUAACGCUAAUGGAUCUAUCUGUCUCGAUAUUUUGAAGGAUCAAUGGUCUCCUGCGCUAACUAUCUCUAAAGUUCUUCUUUCUAUCUGUUCUCUUCUUACGGACCCUAAUCCUGAUGAUCCUCUUGUUCCCGAUAUUGCACACCUUUACAAGAAUGAUAGAGCAAGAUAUGAAGCCACUGCUGCAGAGUGGACUAAGAAGUAUGCUACAUAG